UAAAAACACAAGGCCGCUGAUCACGAGUCUGCUGGAGAGGAGCUGCAGAGCGGGACAGUAAGUGUGUGAGAGAGGUGAUGUCUGGCUGUAGUCUGAGGGCCCGUCUGGCUCAGAGUCUGUCCAGACAGGUCAGAACCACUCACACGGGACGGGUACCUGCAGUCAGAAAGGACAGUUCUGCCGUACAGCCCUUCAGUGAGAUUCCUGGACAAUGGAAGAACAGCGUGGCCAAUCUCUACACGUUCUGGAAAAUGGACGGCCUCAGGAAUAUCCACCGGAUUAUGGUGCACAAUUUCAAUAUGCAUGGUCCUAUUUACAGGGAAAAGGUUGGAUACUAUGAGAGUGUGAACAUCAUCAAGCCUGAAGACGCUGCUGUCCUGUUCAAAGCUGAGGGUCAUUAUCCCAAGAGGCUCAGGGUGGAAGCGUGGACCUCUUACAGGGACUACAGGAACCGCAAAUAUGGCGUCCUGCUCAAAGAUGGAGAGGACUGGAAAUCGAACAGGAUCAUACUAAACAAGGAAGUGAUUUCUCCAAAGAUGCAGGGGAACUUUGUGCCUCUGCUGGAUGAGGUCGGUCAGGACUUUGUGGCUCGUGUCUAUAAGAAGAUCGAGAGGAGUGGACAGAACGAAUGGACCACAGAUCUGUCCCAUGAGCUCUUCAAGUACGCACUAGAAUCGGUGAGUCAUGUGUUGUACGGCGAGCGUUUGGGUCUGCUGUUGGACUACAUCGAUCCAGACGCCCAGCACUUCAUCGACUGCAUCACCCUCAUGUUUAAGACCACCUCACCCAUGCUGUACCUCCCGCCGGCCCUGCUCCGCCACACAGGGGCCAGAAUCUGGAAGGACCACGUGGAGGCCUGGGACGGCAUCUUUAACCAGGCCGACCGAUGUAUCCAGAGUAUCUACAGACAGCUGAGGAAAAAUCCAGAAGCCAGUGGGAAGUACCCUGGUGUGCUGGCCAGCCUCCUAAUGCUGGACAAACUGUCCAUCGAGGACAUAAAGGCCAGUAUCACAGAGCUGAUGGCCGGCGGUGUGGACACGACCUCUAUCACACUGUUGUGGACGCUCUAUGAAUUGGCGCGACAUCCGGACCUGCAGGAGGAGAUCCGGGCCGAAAUCUCAGCCGCUCGUAUCGCCUCUAAAGGAGACGUGGUGCAGAUGCUCAAGAUGGUUCCUCUGCUUAAAGGAGCCUUGAAGGAAACUCUGAGGUUACAUCCUGUAGCAGUGAGUCUACAAAGAUACAUAACUGAAGACAUUGUCCUUCAAAAUUACCACAUUCCAGCUGGGACCUUAGUUCAGCUGGGUCUCUACGCUAUGGGUCGUGAUCACCGGAUCUUCCCGCACCCUGAGCAGUACCGUCCCUCUCGCUGGCUCCGAUCCCAGAGCCACUACUUCAGGAGCCUGAGCUUCGGCUUCGGACCACGCCAGUGUCUGGGCCGCAGGAUCGCUGAGACCGAGAUGCAGCUCUUCCUUAUUCACAUGCUGGAGAACUUCAGGUUUGAGAAGCAGAGGCAGGUGGAGGUCAGGAGCACGUUUGAGCUCAUCUUGCUGCCCGAGAAGCCCAUCAUGCUCACCAUCAAACCGCUGAACGCCAGCAGAUAGCGGAGCUGUAAACAGGAAA